UGUUGGCUGGAAGCGACAGUCUCGCGCUGCUUGUCCCGCCUCCGUGUCAUGAAGCGCUUCCUCCACCGCUCGGAUUCCACAACAGCACGGGUUUAUUUAUCGUAGUAUAUCUCUAAAUUAUAAACGCAGUUCGUGGAGCUGCCCGAGGGACUGUCUUUAGCCCAAACCGCCGUCGCUCUGGCCAAAUGAGGAAGCACAGAAUGUGGAUGUGUCGCUAUGGCUCUCGGAGUUGACAAGGCCUUAUCAGACACCUCAGAAAUGGAGAACAAGAGCUAUGGGAGGUGGAAGACCAGGAUCCCGGAGUUCAACCGCAGAGGUCAAACUAGACCCCUCAGUCACAGAGCAGCUGAGAGAACGAGGCCUGCAAAUGUCCUGGAGACCAAGGACUCAGACAAAGAGAGGAGUGGCAGCAAAAAGACUGUCACUAUGGCACCUGUUUCCAGGUGUAUGCCAGACAAAAGCCUCUAUAUCAUGAGAAAACCACUGAUCUCCACACAAUGGCAGGUGCCCAUCCUGAAGAACUCAUCUACACAUGAAGACUCAGAGAGGAUCAGUUACACAGCAGAUUUUUCUAAAGAAACGGACAAAAGUCUGUCUAAACAGUCAUUCAGACGUAUCCCAGAAGAUUGUCCAUUUUAUAAAUCUUCCCCACCGUUAUCCAGAGAAGACCUGGAUUCCUCCAUGAGCGUAUCAGACCUCAGACUGUGGUCAUGUGACAGGGAUCCUAUUUUUAACUCUUCAGCUGCCAAACGCAGUCUAUCCAGUCCCCCUUCAGCUUCUUUGAGCCUCACAGCACCCCCAGUGCCUAAGUGGACAUCCACUCCUAAAAGCACUUCGUAUUCAUCCGAUCAUACAUCUCGUUUCACAAGAAAGGUAAAAACAAGGCAAGGUGAGUUGAUGGACAGAGGAAGAGACUCUCUUCUCAACACAGGAUCUUACAGUAAGAACCAUCAACAUGGAUUCAAACACAUGUCGCCUUAUCAGGCCAACUAUUGGGCCUGUGCCGUCCCCAACUCUAUGCCACCCUCUCCGAACCGCAAAUCUCCCAGUUGGGAUCCUGAAAAGGAGUAUCAAGAGCUCCUGGACUACACAUACCCUCUGAGACCUAACAUGGCUGGUACAUGGGGUUCAUCAGAAGUGGAUCUUCUCUUGCGAUCCGAUCCAUUGUUACAAGACUCGGGCAUAGAGUUAGACCGCUCUUCCAUUCUGUCCUGUUUAGACCUGUCUCGACAGGAACGGUGUAGCCCAGGAUUAGCGCAAAGGUCAGCUGAGUUUUGUGCUCUAAACAAAUCUCAUUCUAAGUCCUUAGAUGGCAUCAUGUCCAGUAGUCUGUAUUCUUCACUAGACCAAACUGGCUUGUCAGUUGAGAGUCUGGAUUGCGACGGGAAGCCACAGGGCCAUUAUCGCAAAUUUGGCAUCUUCUCGACAUUCAAACCAGUCCCUACAUUCAUUAGUUCAACACACAUCCUUCCUCGUCCUGAUUCGCUGGACGAGUUGAAUGAGGAGUUUCUUCGUCUACCAGAACGGCUUCAAGAACUUCAGGUGCUUUCACAGCAGCUGAGGGACAUUAGCGACCAGAUGAGCCAACCAGUCAUCACCAGCUGGGGAUCCCUGGAGAGCGGGAUCACCUCAGUCCGAUCAGCGAUGGCUCAAGUGGGAAAACAGGAACCACUGGUGGAAGAAAGGGGAGAUGAAGAUGUGGAAGAGGAAGGGAGAUCAGUUUCUGAAAUUCCUCUCACACACGAGGAUCAUUCAGAGAAAGCAAAGGAGCCUGGUUCCACAAUCCAGAUGAUUAGCCAAGACAUGAAUAGGAGGAACCUGAGGGAGGUGGAAGCUGUUAUGGAUCGACUGAGCGGACUGUCAAUGUCAGAGCUUCAGAGGACAAUACCAACAGACCAGAACGAAAAUGAGACCAAGGAGUCACUAAUGCAGCACAUACAGGCAUUUUGCUCGAACUUAGAAAAGCUGAUUCAGUGGUUGCAUAAGGUGGUAGAAAAAAUAGAAGUUCUUUCUCCUCCCAUGGUUGACUUGGAGAGUGUCAAAGCCUCCUUGGCUGAUUACAAGAGUUUUCAGGAAGAAGUUCAGGCUCAUAAGCCCCUCACAGCAGAUGUUCUGCAGACCGGAGAGAUGCUUUUGCACUGCAUGAAUUCAGCCUCUCCAUUUCUGAAAGACACGCUGGUGCUGAUCGAGAGGCAGUCUCACACACUGGAAACUCAUUCAGAGUAUCUUUUCUCCUCUAUUCUGUCAGCCAUGGACAGCCUCACUGACCCCAGAUCUGAGGAAGCAUCAGAAGCAGUUUCUGCCAAUUAUUAGGAAUAUCUUCACUGAAACAGCCUUUUUGGUGUUUUCACAUCAAGGAUGAAAAACACUUCUUACUUGACUCGUAUAUCACCAUUAUCUUUGUUUUACACCAGGGGUGUCAAACUCAGUUUCUGGCGGGCCGGAGCCCUGCAGAGUUUAGAUGCAACCCUAAUUAAACACACCUGAUCCAGCUAAUCAAGUACUUCAGAGUAUAUGCGUUUUAGCAGGGUUGAAUCUAGGACCUCCAGGAAUUGAGUUUGACACCCCUGUUUUACACGCUUAACACGUUUACUGUAUCCAGAAGUGGUGUUACGUGCUGUUGUCACAAGCUUGAGUUAUCUAUCACGUGUGAAACAUUUUUCACUUUGUCUUUUUUUAAUUAAAAAAUGUCCUGCGAUGGCUCAGCUUACUAAUACUGGUUUGACUGAAGAGGUGCACAGACAUUGUGCCAAUUGUGAUUGUGAUCUCAGGUUAUUACCCUAUUAAGUUUUAAUGGAGAGCAGUUCAGCCUCCUUUAGCGUCCCUGCAGCUUUAGUUUCCCUUCUGAGUAACCUGUGUCUCAAAAAUAUAUCGUACUUUUCGACGGCUAAUUAGUGUAAUUAAUGGUAUCAUUAAUAUAUGAACAUACUGAAUAUAUGAAUAAUCUGUUUGGGGAACAUUCAUACAUUUAAGUAAAUAAUUUUUUUUUUAUUAUGCUACAGCAAUAGUUCAUUCAAACAUUUAAAUUGUCAUUAUUUUCUGACCCUCACGUCAUUUUUUCAUUGCACAUAAAAAAGAUAUUUUGAGAAAUAUCUGUUGUUUUAAGUCCGUAGUGUCCAAUGUCGAUCAGUUUUGUGCCUCUUUUUUUGAGACACAAAAAGUUUUGAAGAACUUUAGCUGCAGAGAUCACAGAUUGAUGUGAAACUGUUUUUAUGCUGAUGACAAAAGGAUUUUUAACAAUAAACAUUCUGCUUUUU